UAGGCAGGCGGCGCGCGAGGCGACUCGGCGGUGGCAGCUGUGUCCCAACCCUGUGCGAGGCAGCCCACCUGCGGUAGCUUUUCCCCGUUCAAACCAGCCAUCGCUUCAGUUCUUCCCUGGGGGCCCAAGGCACCGUUAAAUGCCGCCCCUUUGGGGGAAUCAGGGUUGAAAGGCCAGGCCUGGACUCUGGCUGCGUCCAGAGCAACAGGAGAGCAGAUCAGGUGCAGGGGUGGUUGAGGGAUCCAAGAUAUGUGCUACUGAACAGUGAAGUACUCUGAAAACAGGAUAGUUUCCUAACCGUUCAUCAAAAUUAAGGGGAAAAGUUAAUGCAGUAGAAUUGGGUUCAGUUGUUAAGUAAACUUGUCCCUCUUGUGUUCUUCAGUGCAUUUCACCAUUCGUAUUCACAAAGCAUUUCAGCUACUUUGUCACUGGUGUAAAGUACAAGCCAUGAAUUUCCCACAAUCACCAUACAGAGGUGCAGUGAAGUUUGCUCUCUAUAAACCUUUGGCAUAUCAAACUGACCAGCACCUUGUGAACACAUUGCAGAUUUAAAGCAGUGCUCUUGUGAGGGAAGCAGCAUAAGACAUGUGACAAGCAGCAGCCAGGCCUAAUUCUAGCUUGAUGCCAAGCAUUUGAAUAGGGAAACAAUGAGUGGUAAGGCAUAUCGAAGCACCACAUUGAGCAGGAAAGCAGACGCCAUACGAGAAAUAGCUAAAGGUAAAUCAAAAGCCCAAGUAUGUAAAGAAUUUGGUGUGCCACGUACCACUCUGAAUGGCUGGCUGCAAAACCAGGAAAAGAUUUUGGAUGCCGUUGACCAAGCAAUGUUUCGUCCAGAUCGAAAGAGAAUGCGUACAGCGUUAAAUGGCGAUGUAGAGGCUUGCCUGGUGCAGUGGUUACGACAAGCCUGUGCAAACAACGUUCCUAUUAACGGGCCCUUGCUAGCCUGCAAGGCUGUUCAGUUUGCCAGUCAGCUGGGCAUCUCCGAUUUUAAUUGCAACGAAGGAUGGGUGGAAAGAUUCAAGGCACGCCAUGCUAUUUCACUGAAGCGAGCCUGCAGCGAGGGCAAGACAGUCCCCAUUGGGGGCAUCCAAUUGUGGAAAAACACAACCUUGCUUUCCAUCCUUCGUGAAUAUGAUGCUAAGAACAUUUAUAAUGCUGAUGAGACAGGCCUGUUUUACAAAAUGCUACCAAAUAAAACCCUGGCUUUUAGAGGCAAGAGGUGCAUUGAUGGUGAACAUAGCAAACAGCGCCUAACCAUACUGCUGAUGGCAAAUAUGGAUGGAAGUGAUAAAAGGAAGCCAUUGGUGAUUGGUAAAUCAAAGAACCCAUGUUGUUUCAAAAAUGUGAAGAGUCUCCCUGUGUAUUACACUGCAAAUAAGAAGGCUUGGAUGGUUGAUGCUGUCUUUGAAGAGUUUGUGCGAGAUUUUGAUGCAGAGAUGCACGCUCAGAAAAGAAGAGUGGCACUGAUUGUGGAUAACUGUCCAGCUCAUCCAGCAAGCAUUAGCGGCUUGAAGUCUGUUCAGGUUGUCUUCUUACCUCCUAAUACCACGUCACACAGCCAACCCAUGGAUAGUGGCGUGAUUAAAACCUUCAAGGCUCACUAUCGUCGUUUGCUGAUGAGCAAGAUCUUGUUAGCCAUGGAUGCUAAGGAGUGCUUUAAGCCAGAUGUUUUGAUGGCAGUUCAGCUCAUAAAACAAGCCUGGAAUUUGGUGCAGCAAAGCACAAUUGCCAGCUGUUUUUGUCAUGCCGGAUUUGUCAAAGAGCAUCACGUGCCACCAGAAGAAGCUACCUUUGAAGCACUCUACUCAUCUAACAUGAAUGAAUUGCGCUCACAGCUUCAGGGUUUAAGCAUCUGGCCAUCAACUCUCACAGCAGAUGAUUAUAUCAAUUUUGAUUCCUCGCUCUGUGUGGCAGAACAGUGCUCUGAUGAGGAUAUUGUUGCAGCAGUGCAAAGCAAAAGAGAUGAGGCAAGUGAUGACAGUGAAGCGAGUGAUGAAGAAAUCCAGAUGCCCUCUAUACCACUUGUCAAGCCAGCUGAUGCUCGCAAAGCACUGGAUACUCUCCAGCUUUUCUUGGCUCAACAAGACAUAGAUGAUCAACUAUUCCACUUUGCAGAAUUAUCUUCUAUUUUGGCAAUGAGUGCAUGUAAAAGCGCAAAGCAAAAGUCUUUGACUGAUUUUACUCCACUGUAAUCAUUUAUUACGUAGCAAACACGCUGAAUUUCUGUAAUAAGACAUUUGUACAUUAAGCAUUUCUGUAUCAUCAUUUUUUUCCUUCAGUAUGUCUGAAGUUAGUCUUUUAUUGUGUCACUAUGGCAUGCAAAAUGCAGUAGGUAAUGGUGACUAAUUAUCAGUAGUUACUGUUGCACUUGCUGUGAUUGUCACUCAUGGAUAACUAGUCAUUAUUUUUAAGUCACUCCUGGAGUGAUAAAUUAAAUGUUUGUCUGGUGCAUGUGUUUUGCUGCCAAUUCAAACUAUUAAAACUACCAUAAUUGUGUCAGAGCUUUACCACAUAGAUCAUUUAGCAGAAAAGCUGAAAAAAAACUUAGUAUUUUUUAACUCAUAAAACAUAAAUAGUUCAACUUUUUUGUUAGCCCGAGAAGAACUCUGAACAAAGAUUCCUAUUAAAGGUUUUUCAUUAUCU